CGCAGUCGAUGCGAACGGACGUGUCGCUCUAGAGGAAAAUCGAACCGAGCUAGAGGAAAACUAAUAGGAAAUUAAAUACAAGAAAAUAAACAGAGAAAAAAGACUUAGAGAAAGGGAAAGAGAAAACCCUCGCGAGUGAAUCAACAUUUAAGACAAACAUUAAACAAACACAAAAUGGUCUUGAACGGCUUAACCAUGUCCAUGCCAGUGCCAGUGCCAGUUCCAGUUCCAGUGCCCGUGCCCAGUCCUCCGGCCACCAAGUCGCGUGUCUCCCUGGACUGGGACAUCAAUGACUCGAAGAUGCCGUCGGUGGGUCAGUUCGAUGACUUCAGUGACUGGGCCAAUGGCCACUGCCGUCUGGUCUACUCUUCCCAAAGCGACGAGGCCCGCAAGCAUGCCAGCGGCUGGGCCAUGCGCAACACCAACAACCACAACGUGAACAUCCUCAAGAAGAGCUGCCUGGGCGUGCUCCUCUGCAGCGCCAAGUGCCAGCUGCCCAAUGGAGCCAGUGUCCAUCUGAGGCCCGCCAUCUGUGACAAGGCCAGGCGAAAGCAGCAGGGCAAACAGUGCCCCAAUAGAAAUUGCAAUGGUCGCUUGGAGAUCCAGGCCUGCCGCGGACACUGCGGCUAUCCAGUCACACACUUUUGGAGGCGCGACGGCAAUGGUAUCUACUUCCAGGCCAAGGGCACCCACGAUCAUCCCCGACCCGAGGCCAAGGGCUCCACGGAGGCCAGGCGUUUGCUGGCCGGCGGACGACGCGUGCGCAGUUUGGCCGUCAUGCUGGCCAGGGAGUCCGCUCUCAGCGACAAGCUGAGCAGCCUGAGGCCCACCAAACGACAGGCCAAGUCGCAGCUGAUCCAGGAGAGCAAGCGCAAGAGGCAGGAGGUCAUUCCAAGCAGCCAGGAGCUCUUGACAGUAGCCAAUGGCUACCUGCCCACAUCCACGCCCACACACGUGGCCAGCUUUGGCCAGACAGCAGCAGGAGCUGGCAGCUAUGCCUCUGCGGAAUCGAUGGCCGCCACUCCUGCUGCCAGUCAGUGGAACGGAGAGUUCUACUACGAUCAGGAGGGAGCAACUUAUGAUAAUGGAAUGUACGGCUACGACAUGCUCCAUUCGCCGCUUUCCUCGCACAGCUCCUCGGGCAGCUACUACCAGGAGAACCUGCCGCAGCAGCUCCAGCAGCAACUCCAGCAGCAGCAGCAGCAGGAGCAACAGCAUCAGCAUCUGGUGGCCAGUGGUCCCGUCUAUGAGCAGCCAAUCUCCGCCAGCUUCCAGUGCGGCAUGCCCGUGUACGAGAGCUGCGACGACACCUCCAGCCUAACCAGCAGCUCGGGCUACAGCUCCGAGGACUAUGGAUACUUCAACGGUUACCUGGCCCCGCCGCACUCCCUGGACGUGAGUGGUGGCAGUCAGGCAGCCAGCCAGCAGGACAGCGGCUUCUACACAACCAGCUCGGAGAUCUUCAGUGUGUUCGAAUCCACUCUCAACGGGGGAGUGGGAGGAGCAGCCUCCGCCGCAGUGGAUCUGCUCUACGACGAAGGAGUCGCCGCCUACCAGCAGCAGACCACCAACUUCCUGGCGCCGAGCAGUUACCAGCAGCAGGAUCAGCAGCAGUCGCCGGCGGAUUACUACUACAGCAACUCGGGAGUGGACAAUGUGUGGAACAUCCAGAUGGACGCGACCUAUCACCAACCAACUGCCAGCAGCACCGAACCCGUGUACUGUUAAAGGGAUCUCCAGCAGAUUGCCAAAUCUGCGAAUCUCCUUCUCCUCCUCCUUGACAGCCACCACUCAAGCGUUGUUCUAGUCUUUAGUUGAUUUCCACACACAUGUUCCCAUUGCUUGUUGGCUCUAUUAUUAUGUAACCUAUAAGAUAUGAGAUAUUGAGUUGAACGUUUCUAGUUUGUACUCCCCGUACUUGUUUCCCAGCUAUUCCAAAGUUUUAGUCCACGUAAGACCAAUAAUUAUACAAGUAAUAAUAAGCGACGUAAGCCUCUAGAGUGUUAAGCCACAUUGCCCACCUAUUUAUGAACUUUUGUGUAGUAAUAAACAUUUUUUGAAAAGAAAACUGAA